AUGGCCACGGCUCCCACUGGUUCAGAUGGUGGUGAUGGCACUGCUGGAGAGCUCGGUGGAAAUGUCAGAAGCCUGGUGACCGCUUUGCAGGGUUUAGUUGAGAGUCAAAAGAGCAAUGCAUUUGCAAAGCAUUACAAACCACCACAGCUGUUCGCACCAGAUACACGACAGGACGAACUGACCAAAUGGGGUGACUGGCGUUUUCAGUUUGAAACAUUUGUUGGGGCCAUUGAUGAUGGACUUUUACAGUUGAUGAAACGAGCAGAAAAGUUGGACACCCGCAUUGAGAUGACUUCAUUGACGGCCCCAGAGCGCAUUUUGUCAGAACGCUUGUAUUCAUUGCUGUCAGGUUUGAUGAAGAACAGGCCAUUGAGGUUGGUCCGAGGCAUCCCACUACAGAAUGGUCUGGAGAGUUGGCGAGUGUUGACACGAGAUCUUCAGCCCAAGACUAGGCAGCGUGCAUUGGCCCUGGUACAAGCAUUGAAUCGGGUUCAGUUUGAUGCAAGCAAGACAAUUACAGAACAGUUGCCCCAGUAUGAAGCCAUGGUCAGGGAGUAUGAACGAGCAGCAAAUGUCACCUACCCCGAUGACUUGAAAGUUGCAGCAGUGGUUGCAGCCUUGCCCCAAUCCCUUCGAGUUCAUGUGCAGAUGGCCCUACAGGACGACACCACGUUUGAUGACCUCAGGUGUCGCGUGGAGAUGUACGAGCAAGUCUCCAUGAAGUGGGUCCCGGAAGCUGGAACUCAGCUUGCCAUCAAACCUGGAGGUGCAGAUGUUGACACCUCAGCACCGAUGGAGGUCGAUGCGGUUUGGUCGGGCAAAGAAGGGAAGAAGGGCAAAGGAAAAGGGAAGAAGGGGCAGAAAGGAAAAUUGUCAAAAGGCUUGAGCACCUUGGAGAUUUUCGACCUCACGGAGGGUGAUGAAGAAGGCGUUGAGGACGACGACGCGUGGCAGGAGGCCUAUGAAGUGUUGGCCAUCAAGGUGAUUGAGGAGGACGACGAGGUCUUCUAUGAUUGUGAGGAGCCCAUUGAAGUUGAAGUUGGAAAGACAGGUUGCAGUACUUUUGACCUGACCAGCUGCCCAGAUGAGAAGGUUGAGAAGGAGAAGAUUUGCAUGGUACAGAGCCCAAUGCCCACCGUAGUGGUGACGUUAGACUCAGGAGCAGACGUGAGCGUGGCGCCAGAGAACUUUGGUGCUUUGGGACUGCCCGGAACAGCAAGACCUAUGCAUAUGGUGGAUGCUCAGGGCGAACGAAUUCAGUCAAUGUGGAAUUUGUUGAGCAAUUUGCUCUUGGCCAAGGUGCAUGAUGAUGAGAGCAGUGAUGGACGAGUACAGAGUCGAUUGGCCAGGUGGAACAAGAAGCUUCAACCUGUGAAGAAGGAGCCCAUUGAGUUGAGCCCAGAGGACAGUCAUGGCGUGGGAGAAAUGUGUCAAGGUGUGAUUGUGGAAGGACAGCCAAAGUUUGUGAACAGACCUUGGAUUCCAUUUUCAGCCAACAUCAUCGCACCAGCAAGAGCCUGUCCAGAACUUCGUGGAUUCAUUUCCAGGGAACUGGCUAUGCUAGAGAGUGUACCAGGUUGGCACAUUCUGCCGAACGGGAUCAUGGCUCACUCCAAUCCCAAUGCUAUGCAUUUUCAUGAUCCCAGGUCAGCAUUUGGUGAUGAAUGGACCUCUCGGAUGACGUUGAUCAAAGAUCGGAAAGGAAGUCAAUGGCAGCAAGUCGAAUCAUUGGUUGACUACAGAAGCUCUCCAGCACCAUUUCAGCUGUUGCCUCAAGGACCAAGAAAGAUUUUGACGUUCAUUGCAACGAACAGGAUUCGAGACUAUUUUGGCCCUGAUUGUGAAGUGCCAGUGAGUCAGUAUCCGUUGCUGGAUGGAGAGCCACCUUCGUGGCCUGAGGACGAGGAGGUCGAUCGUGAAGGUGGUGAGAUCCCCACGUUAGCAGCUGAAAGUGGAGAGCAGCCAGAAGUUCGAGAGGAGGUACUAUUCGCUGACCCUCAGGAGAUUGAAGUUCAGAUCGAUGAGGAGGUUGUGACCAUGGCCAAUACAUUGAAGAAGUUGCAGGAGAAGUGCAACAUGCUUGGGCUGGCCACUUCAGGUUCCAAGGCAAAGCUGUUGGCCCGGCUACAGAAGUACAAGCAUCGUGAGGAAGAGCGCAUUGCCUCUGAAAGUGCAAAGAGGCUUUAUGCUGAAAGUCGACGUGAGGCCAUCCCGAUCAAGACUCCAAAGUUGCCCACCAGGCAUGAGCAGGAGUUGCAUCUUCUCACUCAUCUCCCUUACCAGGAUUGGUGUAUGCAAUGUGUCAUGAACAGAGCAAGAGAAGAUGCAAGGCCAAAUGAAGCUCGAGGAGAUCGCAGAGAUCGUGGAAAGCAAGUGAUCUCAUUUGACUAUGGGUUCACGUUCACUGAAGGUGCAGGAGAAGAACGACAGUUGGGCACAGCAUUGUAUGCAGCGGAUUCAGAGACCAAAGCAGUGAUGUGCAUCCCAGUUGUUGCAAAAGGCAGUGCAUCUCUCAGUCGAGUGACAGAAGAACUGUUGAGAUUCACUAUGUCAGUGGCCAAUGCCAAUCCAGUUAUCCUGCAGGCAGAUGGUGAGCCAGCCACAAAGCAAGUGAUGCGAGCAGUUCAACAUGCUCGAGCUGCAUUAGGAGACAGUUUGUUGGCGGAGGAGCUUUUGCAGGCUGAGCUGAAUGUCGACAGCGAUGAAGAGAUCCAGGAUCAAAGUGGAAAAGAAAGGCCACCAGACAUGACAGAAGAUGAGCUCGCAAAACUCGAUGAUGAAGCCACCAAGCACGAAGAGGAGCGACUGAUGAAGAUGGGAGUUCUUGAACGUCUUGUUCCGGAUGAUCCGGAUGAGCCUG